GGCUUUUAAGGGCUCUCUUUUAAUGAUAUAUCCUUUUCUUAAGAAAAAAAAUAUGGGAGAUUUGUAACCCAUGGGAUGGAAAGACAGCUUGUGGGUUGUGGCUCUCUUUCCUGGCACAAAAUGUGUUCUUUUUAAUAUGAUUUGUGGAAUCGAAAUGAAGGCGUGUGGCUCUCCCUACGAGUGUAUCUAGAAAAUUAUCUGCUCAUGCAAUUGAGCAAUUCUAUCCACAAACUUCAACGAGACCAACACCCAAUGACUACUGUACAUGCCUUUAACUAACUGAAACUCCUUAACAAGAGACUCUUUCAUCUGUUUUGGUACCUUCAAAUAUGUCUUCAGCUGUGAUUGCAGGGUCCUCCUCUUCUUGCUCCACCACCUUCACCAGGAACCACUCCAUCAAAGCCCCUCCAACUGCAUCCCCCAAACCAAUACUAUCCUCUCCAUGCCAGAGAACUGCUUUUCAAGGUCUAUCACUUCAAGAUGCCAAAAGGGGUUCCUCAGAGAUCUUCAUAGCUGAGAAGAAGAACAAUUUCACCAAUGCAAGAAGAGGGCUUCAGAUCACUGCAAGAACUGCUGGAGCUUCAAAGACUAUUGAGGUUGAUGUUGACAAACCACUAGGCCUCACUCUGGGUCAAAAGAGUGGUGGUGGUGUGGUCAUCACGGCUGUAGAUGGGGGUGGAAAUGCAGCUAAAGCAGGACUAAAAGCAGGGGAUCAGGUGCUGUACACUAGCAGCUUCUUUGGGGAUGAACUUUGGCCUGCUGAUAAGCUAGGAUUCACUAAAACUGCUAUCCAAGCAAAACCAGACUCUAUCUACUUUGUCGUUAACAGAGGUGCAGAAGUAGAUGUUAAAAAACUUACAAAGCGUCCAGCUCCUCCUCGCUUUGGAAGAAAACUGACUGAGGCUCAGAAGGCUAGAGCUACUCACAUAUGCCUUGACUGUGGAUACAUAUACACUGCACAAAAGCCUUUUGAUGAGCAGCCGGAUACAUAUGUAUGUCCACAAUGCAUAGCACCCAAAAAGAGGUUUGCAAGAUAUGAUGUGAACACUGGAAAAGCGAUAGGUGGUGGUUUGCCUCCAGUUGCAGUCAUUAUUGGGUUGGUGGCUGGUGUUGGUGCAGUUGGGGCAUUACUUGCUUAUGGUCUUCAAUGAGGCAGUUGUAUUAAUUUCAUGUUUUAGUUCCCACCCCUUUUUUUUUUUACUACAAAUUUUAUUUUGUUGUUCUAUGAAAUUAACAUUCAAGUAUAAAUUCAGCGGCUAAAAUCGUAUUACUUAUUUGAUA